ACUCAUGCGCCACAUCAUGUUUUAUCUCACAUCCGCCUUUUCUUAUCUCGGUCUGCUUUUAAAUCUCGUCAGCCGGCUGCUCGAGCCUCUGUUGUCAGCUUCAAGGUGGAUGGAUUGACGGAUCCUGUAUCUCCCGUCUCUGAUACUCCUCGUAUCCAGUCCGCAUAUGACCCCUCCACCUCCCAAACAGGUGGAGGCGGAAAUCUCAAAUUGCCCCAUGGUAUUGGUCAGCAGAGGCAAUAUUGCUCUACGAACACGCUGGGAAGCCGAUCUGGAGACUCGAUGGAUCCCUUCUCGGGCCCAAAUGCCGGCAUUCAUUUGUGUAAUGCCAUCAAGUUAAUACCCGACGUCGACACGACCCAAGUGAUCCAGUUCCUACCGGUGCUGUUAAAUCAGCUGAUCGAAUGCCUCAUUGUGACUGGCUGGCUAGCCGAGCGUUGGGCUCAAGAACAGUCUCCGCCGGCUCUGUCUCAAGCGACCACUUCGGGCUUUGGCUUGGAUGUCGAGGAGGUUGGCGAAUCUCAACUUGGCUAUCGGCUUGCCAACCCCUCAGCUAAGCGCCCUCCGAUCAAACCUAGUGACGUCUUUGCAGUUCAAACGAGCUCGUUUGGAUCGACAGUUUUGACCAGUGGCGUGGAGUACCCCAACUCCGGGGUGAGCACGACACAGGCAUGGCUGAGAGCCAUCAGUAGGCAGCUGGCUGGUCCGGGUGGUCCGGGAGACGUCACAAAAAUAGUGUGUGGCCUCAUCAAACUUGCUAUUCACCCCGAACCCAUCUCUUUCUAUCAGCUGAUCCGAUUCGGGCCUCCAAUCAGGAUCGCCUCAUGGUCCCUCCCUGUGGGCAUUUCACUCCAGGCGCUAUUUCUCAAGGGCCUAGAUGCACGUACACUACCGCCUCGUAGAGUAGAGCGCCAAGACCGUGAUUCCCAAGCUCGCAGAUCUCAAGCAUUGCCUUCACGGGUCGUCUCCGUGAUCGAAUCCGUCUUACAUGAGCAAACUGUGGACGCCUAUCUCUAUUUGCUUAUCCGUCCGCCCAGCUCCCUGACUGCCAGGUCCCCAAAGUUGUACGGGUUUAUUCGAAACGGACAUCACUCACUGACAACGUCCCCCACUUUCUUCAUCGCCAUCCCUUUUCCUCCGAUUAGCGGUAGAUCCUUGAUCCAAGCGUCUCCUUUUGCUGGUCUUGCUGUAUCCUUGUUUUCUCCAAUAUAUUCACUCGCAUGUUUUAUCAUCUUUUUGCGCUCCCAUUUUGUCUCCCUCUUUUUUACUCAGUUCAUCUUUCCACUGAUUCCUGUCAUUUUCCGUAAUCUGGCCUUUCUUCCAUUUCUAUGUGCAUAUGCAUCUGAAUGUAGAGUAAUGGCGAUGUUGAUUAGCGAACUUGUCUGCCAGCACUGCAGCCGAAAUCUGCAGUACCAGACGCUUUUGCUGGAGCCUGCUUACCCUUCCUCUCCUUGCCUGUGCUUCCCGCUGCCCUCCUCAGCUGUCAGCACCGCCAGUGUGGGCACCACAACACCCUACACUCAAUUCACCAACAGUGGGAGUUCAGUAGCUUCUGGCCAGUUGCGUCAGUUCUCGUUGCAUCGAAACUACCUACCCUCCAGCGGCCCAGUCUCUUCUGCUUCGUACUCGGACGAUGGAGGGAAGUCUGGAGACAUAUGCCCUUGUGUUCUACUCGGGCAUACUGCCACCACCGGCUGCAGGGCCUCGUUGUUGAAGUCCUUUCUUGAGGUGUGUGUG